AUGAUUCUAAGUUCCAUUUUCGCUUUAGCUGUCGUCGGUUUAAAGUGGAGACCGGCGCCACGCAUUACGAACCAAAAGAAGGCGAUGCAGGUAUUUAUCCCCAUUGGAAUGUGUCAUUUGUUGGUUCAUUACGGUGCAGUCAUUUCCAUGGGUCUGGGAGCAGUGUCUUUCACGCAGGUGGUCAAAUCGGCAGAGCCGGUGACCACUGCUAUUCUCUCCAUCAUAUGCUUACGCGAAUUCCUUAGUGUAUUCACGUACCUUGCUCUACUCCCAGUUGUUGGAGGCGUGGCAUUGGCAUCUGUAAAGGAGUUGGACUUCAGCAUCGGAGCAUUUUUGUUCGCCAUGCUCUCCAACAUCGCAAGUUCACUGCGAUCCAUUUUUGCGAAGGUGACUAUGAAUAACAAAAUUGACAUCGGAGAGAACUUGACGCCCAGUAACAUAUACAUGAUACUUACAGUGAUUUCGGGUGUGCUGUCCGUUCCCAUCGUUUUGGGAGCGGAGUCAUACAAGUGGAAGUCCGUGUGGUUGGCCCACACGGCCGAGAUGAGCGCCGCUAAGCAGGCUGAGUUAUUGUUUCACGCAUUUUCUUCCGCUGUAUGUUACUACCUCUACAACGACUUCGCCUUCUAUUGCCUGGGUCUUAUGAAUCAAGUGACGCACUCUGUGACUAACACGUUAAAGCGCGUGCUGGUUAUCGUUGCUUCCAUCAUCAUCUUUAGGAAUACGGUUACACCGCUCGGCUAUGUGGGUAUGGUCAUGGCUGUUUUGGGCGCGUUGUUGUACUCUUUGGUCAAGCAGGGCGUUUUCUCGCGCAAACCCGAAGAGGCUGGACAAGUGACCGAUCGUGAAGAGGUUGCAACUGCAAGUGAGCAGCAAGUGUGA